GCUGUGCUGCCGCCUCUGCCGGGCCCUCCUUCCUGCUUCUCCCGGCCCCUGUCCAAGGGCCACAGACACCUGGUUGGGCACCUGGGCCCAGAAGGUCUCCUGCCGGGAACCAGGAAGAGGCCUGGCGUGCUGGGCCAAGCCCACAUCUCACAGCUGCGCCAACUGAGGCCCAGAGAGGGGCUGUGACUCACUCUGGCCCCCAGGGCCCACCUGGCCUGCUCUAGACCAGCGCCUUCGCCGGAAAACUGGAUCCUUCCCUCCGCCAGAGCUGAGUCUCCUCCCCGACUCCUGCACGCUUGGGUCUUCAGGCUCUGCUUCCUUCUUGCCCUGCUCUUCCCGUCCCCCCGGUUGUGGCUGCUGCAUCCUGAAGGCAGGGCUUGCACGGUUGGUUAGGGGUGGGCUGGGCAAGCCAGCUCAGGGACAGGCUGCCCACCCGUCAGGCCCACACGGACCUCUCCUCUCUGCCAUGGUGGGGCAGGCGUGGGAUUUGGGACCCCAUACACUCAGCUCCCACGGAGAGCUAGAAGGGGCGGAAGCUGGUGGAGACCCUGGCCUAGGGCCUCAGUAGCUGCCCCCGGCACAUCUGGCACCUCUGUGAGUGGCACCUGUCAAGGGGGCUGCGUAGCUUCGCAGACUCCUGGCCAUUGGCUGUGCCCCUCUUCUCCCUUCCCUUGCCUGCUGUCCCCCUGUGCUGUCUCCCUGAGGUCCAAGGAGGAGCCUGUGCCUGUGGCCAGGGGACAGGGCACUUGUCUCAGACCGGCCCCCCUUCCACCUGGGACCUGAUCACACCAGGGCCUGAGUGGCCUGACCUCUCCCCUCUGGCCUGUGCCCUUCUGCCUCACUUGGCCUUAAUCCUUUACCACUUUGCCUGUCCCCUCUUGGCUUUUUGCCUGUCCUCUCUGCCAUGACUCUGUCUACACUCUGGCCAUCUGACACUCUGCCUCCCUCUGGGACUCUGUCCAGGCCGGAGGACCCUGGGGUCUGACUUUGUGUCUGAGCCGCAGAAGGGGAGGGCAGCUGAGGUGUCCCGGGUUGGGGCUUCCAAGAUCAGUUGCAGAUCCUGUCCCAUUUGGGUUCCUGGCAUCCAGCGUAGAUGGAGCUGGGGUGUUGGCUGAAGGAAGGAGUGGGGAGCAGGGUGGUGGUGAGAGGGCCUGGCAGGGACCUGAGAGGGGUUUAAUGCUGGUGCGGCACAGUGGGCUGGGAAGUGGGGGUUCACCACCACGGAAGGCGAAGGUCUGAGCAGAGUCCUGUACUCCCACCCUCUGUGUCAACAGGGUGGAGCUGCCUCCUCCAUCUGGCUUGGUUAAUGAAUAAGCCCCAGGCCAGUCCAGCACUGGAGGUGGCAGGUCUGGGGGCCUGGUUGCCGCAACAGGCCCCUCGUGACCAGAGCAGACUUGCCGGGUGGCCUUCAGUGGGGGUGGAAGGGACAUGGAAAAAUGCGGGCAUCGUAGGCUUCUAGGCAGGGUACAUUCCAUCCCCAGCAGCCCAGACCCCCAACUCAGACGGAGCAGAGGUGGGAGGUACCAGAGGGCCCUUCAGUCUCUGUUUUACACUCUCCUCCCCGAACACUGGGGUGCAGACAAGUACACUGAGGCCCAGAGAUGGGCAGAGGCCAGCCCAGGGUCACGUAGCCAAGUCCCAGCAGAGCCUGGCCUGGCGCCCAGCUCUCCAGCCCCCCAGCCCAACCCUCUGAUGUCUUUCUUUUCGCCUCACGCUGACCACCAGCUCUGCUCCCCACAAGAAACGGAGAGUUGGGGGCAGGAGUGAGAGGAACCCAGGCCAGGGAGGAAGCUGGGAACCUGCUUAUGGGCAUCCCAAGGGGCCAGCCUCCAUUGCUGGUCCUCUCAGCACAGCCAGAUGGACUCUGGGAGAUGGGCAGAGCCUCUGAGCGCAUCCCCAAGAUUCAGGGAGUUCCAGCUCCUGUGCAGCUAAUCGCAUUUCUGCUGAGAGCCUCUGCUCCGAGCCACGCGUUCCUCUCGCCCUGUAAUUUACCCUCAGGCCCGUCUCUGUUACAGAGAACGUGAGGUUGCAGCCCCGGCCUGCGUGGGCUCCUGGCGUUGCUCAACACCGAGGCCUUUAACCUCAUCAAUAACUCUGAAGCCCUGAAGGACACAGUGUUCUCAUCAGCCCGUUCUUGUCCCACAGAUGAGGAAGCUGAGGUCCACACAAAGGCGUGGCUUUGCCGAGGUCAUGCAGUGGGUUUCAAGCCAGAGUCACUGGGGUGAUCGGGUCACUCAGCCCUCCCCUGUCUCCUACCCUAGCCUGCAGGGCGGGCCCCUGGCACUAAAAGCCAGCUGCUCUCUGGUCGUGCUCUGCGCUGACCAGGGGGUGGGGGGAGUCCACCUAUCUAUUCACCUAAUCGACUUCCUCCUCCUCAUCUCCCUCCCCGCUUCCCUUGUGUCUGUCCAGAAGCCACCAUGGCUCUGGGCCCAGUGAUGAGAGCCAGCACGAAGGGAAGGGGCAGCUGGAGGCCCCCGCCACCCCCACCCUCCACCUGGCCCCCAGCCUCAGUGGUCCCAGCCCUGCGCCGUGCUCAGAGAGUUCAGACUCUGGCCCAGAGGCAGAUAUUGAAUGUGGAUCUUGGUCCAAGGCAGAGGGCAGUUUGGAAGCUGAACUCUGGUCUCUGAGCGCCCAGGCCAGGCUUCCCCUUGGUGCCUGUCUUGGUAUAAGAAAUGGCAAACCAGGUGUUUGUGCCACUCAUUGAAGAGGACUGGCUGGGGUCCAGACCUGGCUGCGUUGUCCUCUUGCUGUGUGUACGUCCCUGUCCCUCCCUGGGUUAUUUGUCCAUCAUGGGUUCCUCCUGGCUCCAGGCACCUCCGAACUCAGCAUUCGGGCUGCCCAGCCCUGCCCUGGAGGCUCGCGUGCUUAGGUUCUCCAGGCGCCUGUCCUGUUCCAGCCUCCUGUGUGUCCAUGUGAGAGGCAGAGAGACCCGGACUCUUCCUCAAAGGUUUUUAGACCUUGGUGCAGAGAGGUCAGACAGUACCAAGUGGUCCCUGCUCUCCCCGCUGCACAGGGAGCAGGUUCCCCAGCAGCCUUGCAGAGACUGGUGACAGCCUGUGCCCACGACAGCAGUGGACUGCAUGGCCAGGGUCUCGAGGGGCCUGAUUCUGGAGCAGAUGGGAGAGGCCUUUCAGGAAGUGGCUGAGAACCUGAGGUUCCUCUUGCUGUAGGAAGCUGGAUAACGGGCACCUGUCUCCUCUGACUUCCUGUCCUGAGGCUCCUCCCCUUCCCUUUAGUGCCCCCUUCCUCCCAGGUUCCAAGCUGUCAAGCCAAGGCUCAGGUCUGCCCCUCAGCAACUGAUUGUGUCCCCCUGGGAAAUGCAGGGUGGUUCAGGGAUCCCCAGGGGCCCUGCUCACUCUCGAGGUUAAUGGGGAGGGUGGGGGCAGGGCCAGGGCCAGCUGCCUGCUUUGCGUCUUCUCGCUGUCUUCACAGUUGUGCUGCCGUGGGCUCUGGCUCAUUAAUCCCACCAGGCAGACGUAGGAGUCCGCUUGUGCAAGGCCAAGCAGCCAGAAAUGGCCGAAGCUGGAUCAGAACCCAGGGCCUCGGGUUGCCAAGGCCUCACUUUGCCCAGGUGUCAGGCCUGGUCAUUAACAGCGCUGGGCCCCUCCGUCCCCAUGGCUCACAUCUCAGCCUCAGUUCUUGGGUCUCCCUGUGCUGUGUCAUUGUGGGAGGGUGCCCUGGGGGGGACCCAGCUGGGCAGGAGCCCAGUCCCUGCUGUGUGUGCCCUUAGGGGUCACUUCUCCCUUCUGGGUCAGUCCUAUCUGUGAUUUCAGGGCCUUGGCUUGGAGAACCCAGCCCCUGCCAUCUCCACGGGGCUGUUUCCCACGUCUGCAGGAAGCUGCCGGGCAGGUGGUGUGCUCUUCAUAGGCCUGGGUGGGAGGCUGCACCGCUGGACGCAGGGAGGACGAUAGGCCACCUCCCCCUCCCCCUGGUUCCCCGAGGUCUCCCACCAUCUCCUGCGCCCUUGAGAUUGCCCGGAACCUGGUGAGUGUCGGGGCGGGAGCCUGCCAACCAGGGGCACGGAGUUCACGUGUUCAUUCCGCACGUGCCUUCAGCACAUGGCUUAUUGGCAAGUACUGCAUUCCAUCCAGGAAUUUAGUGGCAGACCACACAGAUUAGACCCUGCUGCUGUCCUGGGCUCAUAUCCUGAGUGGGAAAUGAGCACAGAGGAGCUGGGAGCACCAUGUGGCAGGCCCUGGCCUUUCCCUCCUCCCCGUCCUGGAGGGCAGGCCUCUGACAAGGGCUGGUAAGGGUGCGUGGAAGGUGUGUGCAUGCAAGCGUGGGACUGCGUGUGUUUCUGUGUCUGGCGUUACUCUGUGUGUGAGUCACACCCCCUCACUGCAGAAGCCGAGUUGUUUCUGAUCCAAUUCUGUCUCAGCUGUCUCACAGCAGCCCCCGCCCCCGACCUGGCUCAGCCCUGGCUCUGCCCUCCAAGCCCGCUGUCCUUGCCUUGGACUGUCUGUGUCUCGGGGCCUCUGCUUAGGGAUGCACUUCUAGCCCAGUCUCUGCCCACUCUCCCUGGGUGGAGGCUGCUUCUGUCCCUGUGGUCUCUGUUUGCCCCCUCCCCUCCCCACCCCCACCCCGUUUUCCCAGUCCCCAUUGUUUAUCCAUUCAACAAACCUCCUUGCGCGCCUCCCGCCUACUCUGCCAGCCACUGUGUCAUACUGGGGCCCUGGCAGGGAGGUAGAUCCAGGCCAUGAUGGCCCUUCGUGGACAGGGACUUGGAUUCAGGUGGAGGGAGGCCAGUGGCGCACAGCCUAGGGCAGGGAGCCAGGACUUUCUCCAGCCCUCAGUACUGGAUGUGGGAGCCGUGGGGGCUGAGCAGGAGCCAGGAGCAAGCCGAGCCCGUCUCAGUGCUUCCCAGGAUCAGAUGUGGGACUAAGAGUGGGGAAGAGUGGAGGCAGAGGCAGAGCGGGGAGGAUGUUUGAGUUUGGAUUUUAUCUUAUUCUGGAGGCAGAGAGAGAGAGAGAGAAAACAGGCAGCAGAGGCUUUCCUGCUGGCCGAUGCCGUCGGCAGCUGUGGGCUGUAGGAAGUGCUCUGGCUGCAGGGGACAGAUUGGCCUGGAAGCCAGGAGCUCGGAGGAGGAUGCGGCUGCAGGCAAGGUCCAGGAGGCCUGCCUGGGCCGGGGAAGGGGGCUGUGGGGACGAUCGUGGCCGUGCAGAGCUGGUGAGCAUGAGAGGGAGGGAGGUAUCCAGAGCCGAGCCAGGUUCCGGGCACAGGAGGGGAAGGGAGCGGGCAUGGGGCACAGAGUCUGCAUUGGAUGUGGUGUGCGGGGUGAGGCCCGAGAGCCGCUCAGAGGCGUUGAGGUCGGAGCCCAGCACUUGGCUGGAGAGCCGAGGGGGCAUCAUGGCCACUGGUGGGCCCCUUGGCCAGGGAGGUGUUGAUCCUUAUGUGUAUUGGUCACUGGUCUCCCAAGCCUCUUCCUCUCCUGUGGAUCUGCUUCUCUCCACCUCUCCCAGCGGCCUCCUUCCUCACUGGAAUGGUGAGGAGUGGGAGGGGGGUCGAGGUCGGAUGUCAGCUGGGUGGCCAGGGGGCGGGGCGGGGCUGGAGGCAGCCGGGGAUGAGUCACUGGCCAGCUGGGAAGGGCCUGGCUCCAGGGCUCAGGGAGCCGAAGGGAAGGUGGAUGCGGCAGCACUGCCGCCCACCACCACAGUCUCAGGGGCCCAGUCUCUGGGGCCCACUUUCGAGGAGGAGAUGGGUUGGGGGCGUCUGCGGCAAGGUCUGCUUCCCUUCCAGAGGCGAGGGCCUCAGGGCUUGUUGGGUCAUUUUGCAGAUGGGACCACUGAGGCCAGCUGUGAGGGAAGGAGACCCUGCGCUGCACACCACACUCGAGCUCCCUGUGCUCCAGCUGCCCUUCCUGCUCCUCUCACACCCACAGAAAGCCCCUGGCAUGGACCCCUCAGGGACAGGCCUCAGCUGCCCAUGUGCUGGCCUGCCCAGGACUUGUUGGGCCCCUCACAGAGCAGGGCAUGGGCCUGGGGGAGCAGUCUCGGGGUGGGCUUUGGGGGGUCUCUGGGCUCCCGGCCGGCCCCCUGCAUUUGACCUCCCGGGCCACCGGUAAGCAGUAGGUAGAGUCGUCCCUGCUCCCAGGUGGCCACACUCACUGGAUGGAUGAAUGAACGAACAAUUAGUUGCACCCAAAGGACAGCUCCGCUUCCCGCUUCCGUGCUCGGUCACCCUGGUAUGCACUCUCUUCUUCCCGGCCAGUCCGAGGGCUCCCGGUUCACAGCCUCAUGCCUCUCCUCCUCUUUUCAGCCGGGUGCCACCUGCUGUUGUGCCCAUCUUCAGGACUUAGUGUGCGUGCGUGUGCAUGCAUGCUCUUCCCUGAGCCUGCAUCUCCAGCUUCUCCCCUGUGCUGACCCUGCAGGCUCUGCCCAAGCGUGAGAGGCCCAAGUGGCCCUGGCUCCCCGGGCCUGGCACGGUAGAGUGGGCCCAGCCAGAGGAUGAUGGGCGAGGCCGGGUCAGCCCAGCAUCAGCACCAGCCACCUCAGGCCCCCCUCGGCUGAGUGCAGGCUUUCAGGACCAGGGAAUAAGAACUUUGGGCUUCUGGACAGCACUUUCUCUCUCUCUCUUUCUUCUUCUUUUUUUUUUUUUUUUUUUUCCUUACGAUUUAUUUACUAGGGGCCAGCAUCGUGGCAUGGCCAGUAAAGCUGCCGUCUGCAACGGUGACAUCCCGUAUGGUACUGAUUCAUGUCCCAGCUGCUCCACUUCUGAUCCAGCUCCCUGAUAUUGGCCUUGGAAAAGCAGUGGAAGGUGGCCCAAGUGCUUGGGCACCUGCACUCACAUGGGAAACCCAAAUGAAGCUCCUGGCUCCUGGCUUUGGUUAGGCCCAGUCCUGCCCGUUGCAGCCAUCUGGGGAGUGAACCAGCCGAUGGAAGAACUGUCUCUCUCUGUCUCUGUCUCUCUUUCUGUACUCUUUCAAAUAAAUCUUUAAAAUAAAUAAAUUUUCCAACGAUUUAUUUAUUUGAAGGGGAGAGAGAGGGAGAGAGACGGAGAUCUUCCAUCUGCUGAUUCACUCACUCGCCAAAUGGCUGUGAUGGUCGGGAUGUUGCAAUUCAAAGCCAGGAGCCUGGAGCUCCAUCCAGGUCUCCCAUUCAGGUGGCAGGGACACAAGUGCUUGAGCCAUCUUCUGCUGCUUUCCUAGGCGCAGUAGCAGGGAUGCUGGCAUCACAGGUGCUGGCUUAGCACAACACCGGCCUCUAGACAACACAUUUUUUGUUUUUAAGAUUUUGUUUAUUUAAUUUGGAAGUCAGCAUCGCAGAGAGGAGGGAGAGAGAGAGAUCUUCCAUCUGCUGGUUCACUUCCCAGAUGGCCACAAGGGCUAGGGCUGGGCCAGGCCAAAGCCAGAGGCUUCUUCCAGGUCUCUCACAUGGGUGGCAGGGGCCCAAGUACUUGGGCAAUCUUCGGCUGCUUUCCCAGGCCAUGGCAGAGAGCUGGAUUGGAAGUGGAGCAGCUGGGACUCAAACCGGCACCCAUCUGUGGGAUGCUGGUGUUACAGGCCACAGUUUAACCCGCCAUACCACUGAACAACACUUUUAGUUAGGAAAGCAAAGUGCAGUUUUUACAUCUUAUAUACACAAUAUCAUAGCCACAGUCACAAGAACCUAAAAAUGAACAACGAAUCACCCAGAGCCUCAGCUCCCUGCGUGGAACUUUUCCUUGGUUCCUACCAGCCCUCAUUCAGAGGUGUAGAUAAUUUAUGCAUAAUUUAAGCCACGGCACAGGUACUUGUUUGUAUCCUGUUUUGUUCACUUAGCAUUGCGUCUGUGGAAGUUUCUCAUAUUGCUACGGAAUUAUUAAUUCACGAACAUUUCCGGCAGCUGCUCCCUACCAGGUCUCUCAUGGGAGCUGAGGCUGCGGAGCUGGCUCAGCGCAGCCCUGCCUGGAGGGUCCGCUGCCCCGAUGGCGAGGGCACCCAGUCCUCCUGCACCGAAAGGGGCCCACUGGCAGGUGCGGGCCAGUCCGGCCCUCGGCGUCAUCUGCUCGCUGCACAUGCAGUAAUAGACACAUGCAUGUUGUGGCAGGCAUUUUUCCUUAGAUUUUUUUUCCCCGUGAGUAUAAAUUCCUAGUUUUGGGGUUCUGAGGACUGAGAUGAAAGCCACAUUUAUAUGAUUUUUUUUUUUUUUGACAGGCAGAGUAGACAGAGAGACAGAGAGAAAGGUCUUCCUUUGCCGUUGGUUCACCCUCCAAUGGCUGCCGCAGCUGGCGUGCUGUGGCUGGCGCACCGCGCUGAUCCGAUGGCAGGAGCCAGGUACUUCUCCUGGUCUCCCAUGGGGUGCAGGGCCCAAGCACUUGGGCCAUCCUCCACUGCACUCCCAGGCCACAGCAGAGAGCUGGCCUGGAAGAGGGGCAACGGGACAGAAUCCGGCGCCCCGACCGGGACUAGAACCCGGUGUGCCGGCGCCGCUAGGUGGAGGAUUAGCCUAGUGAGCCGCGGCGCCGGCUCAUUUGUAUGAUUUCUAGAAUAGUUGCCAGAUUGCUUUCCGGAGUAGUGGAACCCAUCUUUGCUGCCACUUACUGAAACACCUUUACCACCUCACGAGCAGUGGCUGUGUCAUAGCUGAGUGUUGCUGCUGCUGUCCCAUGGUAAAUUAGAACGUCAGUACAGUCGUAACUCGCUUUGCUUUGGCUGUCAGAACAGCUGCAGACCAUAAAGCAAAGCCCAGGGUCCCCCCUGGUAUUUCUGAGACACCCCUGAGCCCUGUGUCCCUUACGGGAGGGUGAUGGCAGGAACAGUAAUGUCCCCAAGCACCGUGAGAAUGGACAGGAGGCCAGGGCCUCGUCACUGUGGGUCUCCCCGUGACCCGCGCAGGAAGGCCGAGGGCCGAGGCCCCGGUGUUGAAAGGUGACAGCGGUUUGCACACCAUAGCCUCUGCUAGCUCACCUGUCCAGCCUGCCACCCAGCCUCAGCUUGCCCCUGAGCACUUGCCGUGUGCCGAGGGGCCUGGGCAUUGCGGCACGUUGGUGUGUGACCGUGUAUGCUGCGGGAGCGGAGGGGCCAAGGAGCAGUGGACCCCUGGCCCAAUGUGGAGAAUUUAGGGACAGGGCUUAGGGCUCGCUGCCUGUGCAGGGCCCGGCCAGGCUGGAGUUGGAAGGAGCUGCAGGAAAGGAGGGGAGUCCUGGGCAGUGUCAUGUGAGGAGGCACCCUGCACCCCUCCCGCAGGCUACUCCCCCAGCUCAGUGCCCUGAUGGGUCAUGGGCCUCUCCGUUCUGGGAUCCCCGCUACAGGCAGGUGCUCUGUCACUUGGACUUGCGCUGGCCUCUCUGUAGAGGGCUCUUGGCAUUUGUGAUGUUUCAACUUUGUGCCUAAGGACCAGCAGGGAGUGUGUUGCCCCUCGGGCAGGGCCUGGGCAGGCAGGGCAGGCCGCGGGGUCCCGGGCUGGAGCUGCCGAAGGCUUUGUGUCCGAGCCUCAUCUAAUCCUCACGGUGCCACUCUGAGGGAGGAUGAUCCCCGCCUGACAGAUGACGCGCUCGGGACUCCGGGCUCGUGUCCUUGGCCCAGCCAAGGCCACACCACCGAGAUGUGGCAGGGUGAAGCGGCUGUGUAGACUGUGAGGUGGGGCUGGUGGGGUUGGUGGGGCUGUGCCACGGCUGCAGGGCACAGAGGGGCUUCCCAGUGGGUUUCAGAAGAGCACGGCCCUGCCUCCCAGCGCAGUGAGGUCUGGGCCUUGAGUCAGGAGGACCCUUUGGCACUUCUGAGUGCAGUGGGCGCAGCAUAGUAGCACUGUGGGCUAAGAGGCCUCCAAGUGCCAGCAUGCUGGAUCUGGCUGGGCCGGUCUGGCCCGAUGAAGGCCAGAGUCCUGCACUGUGGGGUCAGGUGCCCCUGGGCUCUGGUUGUCUGCUCCCUCACCAUUAGCCGUGUGACCUUGGCUAAUGACCAAGCCUUUCCAGCCUCAGUUUCAGCAUCUGUAAGAUGGGGACAGGGAUUACCACCCCGGUGUUGGAGGCUCACAGGUGCUAUCUGUAAAAAACUCCGUGUGGUGCUCUUGGCAGCGGGCAGGGGCGGCUGGACUUGAACUUCAGCCCCAAUGGGGCCCAGGGUCAGUGCUCCGGUCUCCUUUGGGGGCUGGAGAGCUGCGUGGUGAUCUGGAGCCUCCGUCAGGGCUGUGAUGACUGGGAUCCCUCGUGCCCCAGCCCCAGCAGGAGCUCGGCCUCUCACUUGAACCAGGUUCCGUGGCGGGGGCUGGGGUGUCAGCAGUCGUUCCGAGCCAGCUGCUGAAAUGCAGCCUGGUGAGGCGUUAGCACGGCCUGCGGGUGUUUCCCUGGCCCUGCUCUGGGCCUCAGUUUCCCCAGUGAAAAUCUGGAGUUGCUGUUGAGGAGAUCGUCUCCUGGGUUGCCUGGACUCUGGGGUAGUCCAUAACCCUCCCCCACCCUCCAGAUCCCACGGGUCUGGAUCUUGGACCCCUGCCGUGGAGGGUCUCAGGGAAGUGUGGGUGCCCAUGUGCUUGCUGUUGUCCGGGUGGGCCUGCGGCUCUCACAGCCAGGACCCAGCCCAUGGAGGGGGCCUGUCGCCUCCCCCUGCUGGCGGUUUCUUUGUCCUCUGGGGUAGAGGGAGGUGAGGGGUAGAUUGAGACAUAGCUGGCACAUUGGGCCCUGCUCUGUCUUUAUUUGUGUAGUAAACACUGAUAAUCUGGCACCUACUGGAUUCCUGUGUAAAACGCCCUUCUCUGCCCUUUCAGGGGCUCGGCUCUUCACCCCCAGUUCCUGUGCCUCCCGCUCUCCCAGCCC